UUAGACAUGACCUGUUACGAACGGGGAAAUAGGUCACCUUAGGUAGGGAAAGCAGAGUUUAUGUAACUCAUUUAUCUUAUCUUCCGUUAAGUAAACAUAUGUAUUGCCCUCGGAGGGUGGAUGUCAUAAUCCACACCUAAUCAUAAUGGUUUUAUUUGUUCGCUUCAAACGUUAGACGAGUUUACCAACACGCACAGCUUCGAAAUUCCUACAUGGAUAAAAUAUACUGUCGAAUAGUUUUGUGGGACGGUAUUCAGUAGAUAAAGUGAACGAAUGCGAACAGAAAGGCGAUGGAGAUAGAUGCAGUGAGAGUGGAGUCGAGUCUGUGGAUCGGUAAUAAGCGGUACAGGGCUUUCCUGAGCGGUUGGUACUUCAGCUGGACUGAGAUCGACAAGAGGAACCGGGAGAAGAAAACAGUUUCUCUGCCGGUGUCAGAGGUGAUUGAGGUGAAGGAAGGUCGGGUCGAGAUCCAACCCCAGAAGAAGGUAGAAGACACUGACCUUGAUUUUACAUUAUUCUAUGUGAAGCGCAACAGCAGAGGUAACUCCCAUGGAGCAUCGUGGAGCCUGGGCAGGACCCAGUUCUGCUGCCCUAGCCGGGAUGUCCGGGAUCAAUGGAUCACGCAACUCAAAACUGCACUCAAAACCCACAGCCCCUCACGUCCUCACCGGUUGUUGGUGUUCAUUAAUCCUUUUGGAGGAAAGAAGAGGGGGAAACAGAUCUAUCACUCUCUAGUGGCCCCUCUGUUUGAGCUGGCUGGCAUCAGCUCUCAUGUUGUGGUGACUGAACGAGAAAAUCAGGCCAGAGACUACAUCCUGAAGAAAGACUUAACAGGGUUUGAUGGUGUGAUUUGUGUGGGAGGAGAUGGAAUGUUCAGCGAACUGCUGCAUGGUGUGAUUGGACGAACCCAGCAGGAGGCAGGGAUUCCAGAACAUGACCCCACUGUAAUGCUGCAGCCAUGUGACCUCCACAUCGGCAUUAUUCCUGCAGGCUCUACAGACUGUGUCUGUUUCGCCACAGUCGGCAUAAAUGAUCCUGUUACAUCAACGCUGCACAUCAUCAUUGGAGACUCUCAGCCUCUGGAUGUGUGUUCUGUCCAUCAUCAGUCAACACUUAUGCGGUAUUCUGUCUCUAUGGUGGGUUAUGGUUUCUAUGGAGAUGUUUUGGCAGAGAGCGAGAGGCACCGCUGGAUGGGCCCUCUCAGAUAUGAUUAUUCUGGUUGUAUGGUAUACUUGUGUAACAGGAGCUAUCCGGGACUAGUGCAAUAUCUCCCUGCAGAUUCUCAUAUCUCCAGCCCACGGGACAACACUCGCUGCCUCUCGGGAUGCAGAGUGUGUUCUGAGAGCAAAGAAAGGCUUUUCCCCCACUUUGACAGCUCCAGUUCGCUCUACAGCACCAGUCUUAGCCGAUACAGCAGUGAGUUAGUGGGUGAGUGGGUGACUGUUGAUGGCAAGUUCAAGUGCGUCUCUCUCACCUGUAUGUCGAGCUCAUGUCCACGCAGCCCAAAGGGUCUCUCACCCUCUGCCCACCUGGCUGAUGGGACGGCAGACCUCAUUCUGGUGCGAGAAACUAACCCUGUGGGCUUCCUCACAUAUCUUCACAGACACACAAAUUCAUUGGAUCAGUUUGACCUUCCCUUCGUUGAAGUUCAUCGUGUCAAGGCAGUUCGUUUUUCUCUUCCCCCUGGAGAAGAAGAAGAGAAUGAGGAAGAGGAGAGAGAAAUCCAGACCUCUGCUGAGAGGUCAUUGGAGGAUCCUGAGAAACUGUGUAGUGAAAAUGCAAAUUCAAGUGGCUCACAGCACCAUCUUCCUAGACAGAAAGAGAGAGGAAAUGUUGGAAAGAAUCGAGGCUUCGUGUGUGGGCCCUGCUGCACUAAACCUCCCUCUGUAUCUGUGUGGAACUGUGAUGGAGAGAUUCUACCUCACACAGAGAUCCUCUGCAGAGUUCAUGGCCAGCUAGUGCGUCUCUUUGCCAGGGGCGUCGAGGAUUCAACAGGAUCUUAAAUAUAGGAGCUACAAAGAGAGAUGUGUUCAACACCACAUAUAACAUUAGUACAGCACUUCUCUUGUAAAGGGGAAUACAUUAUGUAAGUAUGUGUGUGGGGUUAAAGUCAGUGUAGAAUAAAUAUCUUAUGAGUGUUUAGAACUUGGAGCAAUGAUGUCAUAGAAGCUCAUUUCAGAUUUGCCAGCAGGAUAUUUUAGUUAUUCCUACAUUUUCAUGUAAAUAUUAAGAAUAAUACUAUAUCAUUAACAUAUUGGUUGAUGGUCAACCCUCAAUCAUUUCAGUGCUUUUAUAGGUUUUUUGCAGAGCAAAAAAGUAUUUAUUCAAUCUUUUAGUGCAAUCUAACAGAUUACUUCAUUUAGUCAAGAAACUUGCCUGUUUGCUCAUUUUUGUUUUUUGUCACUGUGAUAUUUAAAAUGUAAAAACAAUAUUAAACAAAAUCAGCUUUUCCUAACAAAACUAGAAUGAUAGUUGACCACUUUUGUUGAAAUAUUAAAGGGCUACAUUGAGGCACUACAUUCUCUGGUCACAAAAUUGACUGGCAUGCUUUAAGGGAGUGGACUGAUUCCAUUCAACAUUCUCAUAGAUGUAGUGAUUGACAGGAAUGUGAACAUACAGGAUGUAGGUGCAUUUAAAGUUGUUUUUUUUUGUAUGUAUUGAUGUUGAAUGUGUGUUCAUGCCAUUAAAGUGUCAUGCAUAAA